AAGAAAUUUAUACAUAUUAUAAAUCUGCAUAGAAUGGCGCCAAUGUCUAAUAUUUAAUAGGUUAUCAUACACGUGACAGCUAAAUUCUUAAUGUUAAAUGGUGAAAUUAUUAAUUUCUUACACUAAGUAAUUUUAAAAUAAUUGUUUGAUUAUUCGAUUAAGUAAACUAAAUGAUAUAUUGAAGUCAUGGAAGAAAAAACUCAAAUGGAAGAAGAUAAUGAUGAUGAAAAUAAUGCUGCUGUUAAAAAUACAAUUCCACUAAUAAAAGAUUUAUUUCAUGUACAUGGAAAAGUUGGAGAAGGAACUUUCAGUUCUGUGUACUUAGCUACUUUAAAACUAUCUGAUGGCUCUAAAAAAUUUGCAUUGAAACAUUUAGUUCCUACUAGACAUCCUGAAAAAAUUGAACGAGAAUUACAAUGUAUGCAACAGAUAGGAGGAAAAGAUUAUGUAGUUGGAUUAGAAUUAUGUUUACGAAAUUUUGAAACAGUAAUAUUUGUAAUGCCAUAUAUGAGGCAUGAUAAAUUUUCGGAAUAUGUACAAGAUAUGACUGUACAGGAAACAAAAGAUUAUAUGAUUGCGUUAUUAACUGCAUUAAGAAGGGUUCAUAAAUUUAAUAUUAUACAUAGAGAUGUCAAACCCAGUAAUUUUUUAUAUGAUAGAUGCAACAAAAGAUACUUGUUAGUUGAUUUUGGAUUAGCACAAGAAUAUAUAGCAGAGAAAAAAUCUAACAAUCUUAAAUUACUUAAUUCUGAAACACAAGUUGUUAAAAGGAAAAGAACGGAUGAAAACAGUUUAAAUCUUUCUCUCGAUAGAAGAAGGGAAGGUACAGAAGAGAAGUGUUACUGCUUUGGUAAAGCAAAAGUUUGUUCAUUAUGUAUAUCAAGACCAGAACAGACAGCCCCAAGAGCUGGUACACCAGGUUUCCGUGCUCCGGAAGUUUUACUAAAGCAUCCUUCACAAACACCAGCAAUUGAUAUUUGGGCAAGUGGAGUAAUGAUGCUCUGUAUUCUUAGUGGUACUCAACCAUUUUUUCUUUCACCAGAUGAUUGUACAGCUUUAGCAGAAAUAACAACUAUAUUUGGAUCAAAUAAAAUGCAACAGUGUGCACGCAAAUUAGGUAUCAUUGGACACUCAGUUUCCAAAAGAAGCUUAUCAUCUUCUACUAAGGUUAUUGGAUUUAGAUUAUAAAACACGUCUUACUGCAGAUCAAGCUUUAAAUCAUCCAUUUUUUAAAUUAUAGUGUAUAUUUUCAUCUUAAAAAUUUUUGAAUCUAUUUUUGGCAGAUGUAAAACAGUAUAUUAUAAGUCAGUCAAUAUCAUAAGAAUAGCUAAAUAAUACUACAUUUAAUGUUAUACUGAAAAUAUUGCACACUAUGAAACUUGUACAUAUACAUAAAUGUAUACAAAUA